UCCGGAUGACGGGCCCGUGUUCUUUAAAGCGGACGGGACGAGAUUUGGCCAGAACCGAACCAUAAAACUGCUCACUGGCACCAAAUAUAAAAUAGAAAUAACCGUCAAACCCGGCGCGGUCGAGGCUACGUGAGUAUCUGUGUUCGUUUCUUUAUUACGCUGGGUUUAUUUUUAUCUUUUUUUUCUUUCUUUCCUUUUUUUUAUCCGGAAGGUUUUCGGUUUAUUUGACAGAAAAUAGGGCGUACACAAAAUACAUGUGUUAUUAAAGCAAUUAACCAGCAGAUGGCGUGCGUUACAGUAUUUAUUUAUUUAUUUGUUUGUUUGUUUGUUUGUUUGUUUAUUUCAAAGGGCUGCAGUGUAGACACGACGCAAAGCUUUUAUAAACCGGAGCCAAAAAAAAAAAAACAUAAUACAAGUGUAUCUAGUGUUCAGUAAAUAAUUCAUUAUGAAUAAUAUUAGCUAUAAACUAUUCUUCCGCCUCGCAAUGUAGUCUGUAAACAGUAAGCGAUGGUUGCUGAGUAACACAACGGAUAACGGUUUAAAAUCGAACCGUUGUUUCUGGUUUAAAAACCCCGGCGCAUUAAUACAGUAUCCGUGUGAAUUAAUGCUCUGUCUUUUAUAUAUUUAAGCAUUAACGAGUGCUGUUUUACUGAAUAUUCAGCACGGCUGUGAUUCGGCACGGUAGUAAUCACAGUUGUACUGAUACAACAGUUAUAUGAACAAGAGGUUAAUAUCGAGUAACUGAUAUUUCAGAUACAAUACGAGCAAACAAAUAUAUAUUUUUAUCUAUUUUUGCUCCAUAGCAAUAUAGUCGCGAGAGAAUCCACAGGUUGGCAUGGCAACGCUCAGACUGACUGACAGCCUGUAGGGAUGCACCAAAUGUUCAGCAACCGAAAUUAUUCCGAAUAAGUGAAAAGGCCGAAUAAAUUUGACCGAACAAUGACGUGUUUGAUGACGUGACCAAAUAGCCUACCAAACAGAGUGAGACACGCGAAGCUUUAAUUGCAGCAAACAUGUCGGCAGUGUGGAAGUAUUUUAAAGUGUCAGAGAAAGAUGGAAGAAUGACCGUUUGCAGACAGUAUACUGCUGUACUGUCUAGAGGGGGUACAUCUGGAAAAACGUUCAGCACUACAAGCUUAAUUUAUCAUUUAAAAUCAAGGCACCCGGAACAGUAUGCAGAAUACGAGAAAGACACAGGGGCAGCAGCAGCAGCAGCGAAAAGAAAAGUUCCUCCCAGUACACCCACUCCAUCUGUGGCUGACUUCUUAGAAAAGGCAAAAAAUGUUUGCCAACGACAGUGACAACGACCAAAACUAAAGGCAUUACUAAAAAGAUUAUGGAAUUCAUCGCCUUGGAUGAUCAACCAUUCUUGGUUGUAGAGGACAUUGGAUUUCACAGGCUUAUAGACUAUAUUGAGCCCCGUUACACCAUGCCUAGUAGACGGUAUUUCUCCGACAUGUGCUUACCUGAGAUGUAUAAUGUCGUUUCAACUCAUGUCCACAAGCUCUUGGCUACAGAUAUUGCAGCCCUCAGCUUCACGACAGAUAUGUGGAGCUCAGAUGUAAGCCCCACCAGUAUGCUGAGUUUAACCGCACAGUGGAUCGACACAGAUUUCAAGCUACAAAAGGUUGUGCUUCACUCACAAGAGUUUAGGGGGUGUCAUACAGCUGCAGCCAUCUCCGAGGCAUUCGCCAACAUGUUUGACACUUGGCGUAUCAACCGAUAUAAAGUGCAUGCGGUAGUCAGUGACAACGCGAGAAAUAUGGCCAAAGCCAUGGAAGACAGUGAUCUGAAAGGCAUACGGUGCAUGGCACACACAAUUCAACUAGCAGUCAAUGAGGGAGUGAUGAGUCAGCACAGUAUAGUGGAUGUUAUAGCUAUAGGCAGGAAAAUAGUUGGCCACUUUAAGCAUUCUCCGCUUGCCUAUGCACGCCUACAAUCUAUCUAAGAGCAGUUCGCGAUGCCAAAAAAACGUGUCCAACAAGAUGUAAGCACAAGGUGGAACAGUACAUAUUAUAUGCUGGAAAGCCUUUUUGCACAAAAGUGAGUACUGGCUGCAUACACAGCAGAUUAUGAUCUGCCCGCGACAUUCACCGCACACCAGUGGGUGUUAAUUCGAGAAUGUUCUCUCUCUUCUUGCCCCCUUUGAGCAACUAACAAAAAAGAUAAGCUUAUCUGAGGCAUCUGUGGCAGAUGUUGUCCCCUUCCUUGCAGCACUAAAGCGUCUUCUAAACAAAGAGGCUAAACAGACCACGGAGUGAAAACAACUAAAAGUGCACACUUAGAGGCUGUCAACACCCGAUUUAGUCAGGCGGCCUCCGAACCCUUGUACUGCAUCACGACUGUACUUGAUCCACGAUAUAAAGAGCAUUACUUGGAUGUGGGGACAAAGCAGCACACACAAGAAAUUAUCCAGGCCAAGUUGGAUUUGGGAAAGCCACUCGGUGAUGGAGAUGGUCAGGGGAUGCACAGCGCAGGAGAUGCGGGAGACAGCGCAGAUAGAAAAAGGUCCCGCACAGAUGAGCCGUGUACAGCCUUGCUGUCUGACAUGUUUGAUGAAAUCCUCCAAGAGAAUAACCCAAAUGCAAGACAGAGGACAAGCUCAACCACUCAACAGUUAGAUGGUUAUCUCUCAGAAGUCCCCAUCCCCAGGAGCAAUAACCCUCUCGAAUAUUGGAGGACCAAUCAAGGUCGCUUUCCCGACCUGGCACAGAUGGCACGCAGAUCCAUGAGUGUCGGUGGGGCUACGUUUCCUUUGGAGCAGAAGUCCAAAGACCCUCAGGCAGUAGUGUAUUCGGCGAUGUAUGACACUGAAGGGGUGGCGCACACCAAAAGUGGAGAGCGGCAGCCUGUCCAAGUGAGCAUACACUUUAUGGUAGCCGGUCUCUUUGAGACUAUGUGGCAGGUAAAAUUCUACAACUACAACAAGAGAGACCACUGCCAGUGGGGCAACAGCUUCCGCAGCAUCGAGUACGAGUGCAAACCUAACGACACCCACAGCCUGAUGUGGAUCAGUAAGGAAACGUUUUUGUGAGAAAUUACUGACAGUUUUCUGAUGCAAAUUAGAAUAUGAGGACCAAGAAAGCAAACUUUGCAUGGGAAUCGCAUAACCAGCAAUGAAGUGUACAUGCACAUAUCUGUCAUAAUGUGUAUCCAUAUAUCAUUCAUCAUAGUAUAUACACAUAUUCAUUAUAAAGUAUGUCUCUGUACAUAUACAGUAGUAUCAUAUGCACAAUACAUAUGUUCCAGAUCCUGUAGAGCAUUAUCACAAUUGUCAAUAUUCUGACUGGGAUUUAACUGUUUAUGUUGUUCAAGGCAUUUUGCUUUUGCUCUUUGUUGUUAUUUUCAUGUUUGUCCAUUUUGUGUUCUGUGAUCUCUAUAUCUGAGAAACAGUGCUGAUUCUGUGUGUUCAGUCAGAAUGCAAUAAUCAGAGUGGCGGUCUUCCAAACCUUCUACUAAAGGUCGUAACUCGUCAUUUCAAACAUAUAAUAAAUGUUCAACAUGGCCACUGUCUACACCA